AUUUGAUCGAUAUUCGUUUAUUUGUAAACAACUUCAAUACAAUUUGUGCAAACGUAUUAUUAGUUGGAUGUGAAUUGAUUGAACAUUUUGAUUUAAAAUUUGACAAAUUAUACUUUUUAAUAGAAGGUUGUAUGCAAAUGUUUUAAAUAGGGAUGCAAACGAAUGGCAAAAUUGAUAUUCGAAUAUUCGGUAAUUCUUUCGAACGAAUAUUCGAAUAUUCGAUUACCAAAAUACAUCUUUUAAAAGUUAGGUAAAUUAUGAGACCGGAUGAGACCGGAUUUUACGAGGAGAGACCGGGAAAUAGUAUCGCCCGUAAACUAUUACAAUAUCAUUCGGAACUCCUCGGCCAUUUUAUCGAAAACAACCUCGGAUGUAUGCAGGUACAUCAGUUGAAGUAAUUCGUAAAAUUUUGAAUUAUAUCAUUAAUUAAAUGUAGUGUUUUAGAGUUGUAUUUAUUGAUCUAAGUUUAAUUUGAUUGCCAUUAAAUUGUAUUAUUGCAAACAUAAUUAAGAAUCCCAAAAGUAAUGUCACAAAGUUUAACUGCUAAAUAAAAUUACUACGCGAUCUACUUGCAGCGGACUUAAACGUACCACUUUUUGAGUAUGUAAACCGUCCAAAUACAUCCGAGGUUGUUUUUGAAAAAAAAUGGCCGAGUAGUUCCGAAUGUUACAAUAUUCGCUAAAGUAAAUGCCGGUGCAUUUAAGCUCUACUGUGUCGUAACCACUACGCGCGGCGGACACUGAAUUUCACCAAAUGAGCCUCUGAAAUUCCUCAUUUUAGAAAGACAAAAAUAAUACUUUAUGAUCAAAGAUAGAAACAAAAACUUUUAAUUUAUAAUCCUCUGCCUUUAUAUUUGUAAACAACGGGAACUUGGAUGGAUUUCUGGUCAAUUGUUGUUAUGUGCCAAUGGAGGGUCUUUCCGUAGGACGAGCAGCCUCGUUCUGGGAUUGACCACUACAAAAAAAUGGAACAACCAAACCAACUUGGGAACUAGUUUAUUUCAGAAAUUCUUAAUUGGUAGAGGCAAUCUACCGAAAAUAUUUUUUGUCUCACUUGUCUUUCCGCCAAUAAUUGUAAAAUUACGGGGCCUUUUUAUCGCCGGGACCCGACGAUAUGUCCCUUAAUGACACAUGACGCGUGUUUAGUGUAUUGUCAUCACAUUCACACGUCUGGCAUUAUGGGCCAAUCGUUGUAAAAACAAGACAAACGAAUCUAAAACACUACAACCGAGGUGUUGGCAAAAUAAUUAUUAUUAUAUUUAUUCAAGAACAAAACAUCGAAUAUUCGAAUACCGAUUUUGACAUUCGAAUACUAAACGUUUGAUCGAAUAUUCGAAUAUUCGAAUAUUCGUUUGCAUCCCUAGUUUUAAAUAAUGACGCGGUCCGUGUUUGACACGAUUCGACAAAUAUUGACGUGUUCCAUCUGCAUGGAGAUUUUCAAAGAUCCAAGACUGUUACCAUGCCAACACACGCUCUGUCGGGAGUGCUUGAUUUUGUGUAUAAAGAAAGGACAAAGAAAGGGCCGAUCUAAAACCAUGUUUCGCUGCCCGAUGUGCCGAUAUGAGUUUGAUAUCGACAGGUCCGACCCGUCUUCAUAUAAGUUUUCAAAAAACUUGACGAUGAAACAAUUUAUCGAUGAAUUUGAAACACACAUGCAAGACGCUAUGGACAAUCAGCAUGGAACUGGAACCAAUAUAUCCGGUACUCAGACAGAACUUACAGAUAAUAUAGUAACACAAGAGGCAGAAACACAAACUAUGCCGCCCAAUUUUAGGCAACAACUUAUUUUAAUGUUGAGUCUUGCCAUUAAGGUCAUUUUCCGUCUAUUGAAAUCUAUGCCACUAAGGAUAAUUAUUGCGCUUGGAACUCUUCUGAAAGUGAUUUGGCAAGUUGUAAAAGCAGUGAUAAAACUAUGUUGUCUUCCGUGUCGUUUAUGGUCCUAUCUUCUGAAGUGUUGUUUUGUAUCAGCGUCGUGUCUGCUUCGAAAACUGCGGUUAAUUUUGGAUAUCCUGAAGACGAGACUGAAGGGGAACAUCGGAAACGCUGCUGAAAGAGAAAACAAAACACAAGCUGAAAAUAUUGAAACUGUUGACGAUGAUAAAAACAAAUUAAUAGAUGUAGUAUUUUAUAUCGGCAUCGGACACUUAUUGUAUUUUGCAUUAGGUACUUCAAUAGGGCUGUCGAUAACUGCCUACGUAUCUGUUCUGUUUUGUGUGUUGGUUAUAUUUCUUGUCAUCGUUCAGAGCAUAGCCCCUGAUAAAUAUUCACUGCCAAUCAAAAGGAGGAGGGAGCGAUCAAUGGCAGCUCAAAUGCGUUCACAAAAACGAAGGGGCAUUUGAAUAAUUCAUAUUUGUUCACAAAUAAGAGGAAAUUGAAUAAUUUAUAUUCGUUCACAUAACAACGAGAAAUUUGAAUAUUUUAUAUUCGUUCACAUAAAACGAAUUAGAGUUUGAAAACUUAUUUUCGUUCAC